GGGCUUGUUGUUUUGACGCGGUGCAUGUCGGGAACAGAUGAGCAUCCAAUAUGGCGGCUUCCACGGGACAAGAUGGAAAGGCUGUUUGUUCUUCAGAUGUGGAUCUUUUACUGCACCCUGAGCUGUUGUCUGAGGAGUUUAUGCAGCUCAUUUUAAGAGAGAAAAAUGUCAGUACCAGAGACUGUGGGAGUCGGGACCAGCUCACGGGGCUCUACCUCCGCCAUGUCAUCCCGCUUCCGCAGAGGACUUUGCCCAACACCCGCUGGGGCAGGAGAGUGGAGAAGACCCGAGGGAGGCAGACACCGGCCGGUCACAGUUCCAGUAACGACCACAAUAGGAAAAGGCCUCUGAUCGUGUUUGAAGGCAGUUCUUCUAAUUCUGGACCACUAAAGGUGAAGAAACCAGAGGGAACUACAGCGUCAGCAGGGAUCACCGACAGGUUAAAACCUCCUCCGGCUGCGAACCUGUCCAAUCCUAUCCGCAAGCUAUCAGGCAACAGCUCGUCCUCAUCCAUUCAUCACAGCACUGACACUGCAAACCUCAAACGAGAAGCAAACAGUUCGGGUGCUCUGAAGUCUCCAGAGGUGAAGAAAAAGAUCCAGCAUGUAACGUGGCCCUGACCUCUGACCUCUACUCACAUAGACCUGAUGGGAGCUCAGGCUCUCACAGACAGAGGCUCUCACAGCUGGACAGAUCGCUCCCCUCCUGUCGCUGAACAACCAACCGUUGUUGCCCACUACCUCCCCAUCACGAUGUUCCCACUAACUGCGUCACAGAAAGAGGUGGAAACCCUUUUACCUGUGUGUCGAGGCCACCUCCCUGCUCCUGUUCAGUUCUGAGAGAUGGCCGGAUGGGGUUGUACUCCGAAGAUUGUCCUGCUUUUGAAGUCACAGGCGUCCUUGUAGCUUUCCACAACCUCAAGUGCUCUUACCAUCAGUGAUCUGCAACUCCAGAGUGCUGUUUAGGGAAUUAUGGCUGUUCAUAUUAUGUUUCUGCGGAUGAAUUGAUUUUGGUAAUAGGGCCUCGAGUACUGGUCUGCAAAAAUAAAUAGAUAAUAAUAAACAGAUGCUAAAGAAUCUCAUCGACUGAGACCCAGACUGUCAAAGCGCUGGACAUGUGCAAGAGGCAUUGUAAACACAUUAUGUGACAGUGUUAAACUAAUUUCUAAUUUCUCUGUUUUUAUCUGGUUGAUGCAUACAUAUCUGAAAGAGGACACACCACAGUUUAUGCUGAAUACUGCAUUAAUAUUGUGUGUGUGUGUGCUUGAAGAUAUUAUGCAUCAUUUCCGUGCUCAAUUAACUUUACUCCACUGACCUUUAUUCAAACCUCAGUGCUGUUUCACAAGUUGUUCAGGGUUUUUAAAUAUCAGUGUAGUGUUGUGUACACCACACAGAGAAAUAAUGUACAGCUGGAUCAUAAUCCACUGCUAAGCAGCCAUUUUGACACAGACAAAGCAGGUAACUUACAUUCAUGUAUGUAAAAAUCACCUUUUAAUAAUGCAGGAAAAGAAAGGAAUAUGGACUAAACAGAGAAUUUGCUUCUUUUGAAGUAGAUUUAUUUGAAAUUGUGGAUAAAUUUGCGGUUACUGUCUUUGAAACUGAUGUGUACAGAGUUCAUCCAAAAAAAACAAAAAAACAAAACCCACACAUUAACAAGAUUCACAAAGCAUUUUAAAUCCACUGUCAAAUCAAGUGUCAUAUUUGUAUCAACAGCUUUUUAAAAAAAUAAAUUGCAAUACAAUAGGUCA